AUGGCACCACUAAAAUAAACAUAUUUUAUCUGUUUAUCUCUCUAUGUAUUUUCUGUGCAUCUUCAUAUACAGCUCAACUUCACAUUCACAAUCCUUGGACCAAUCUCUUCUAAACUCCCCCACCUUUAUCUCCUCAUUCUUUUAUCUUACAGAUCCCUCAAAACUAAAACUAUCCCCCUUUUCUCUCGUAAAUCUAACCUCCACUUGAUAAUUUUAGUGACCCUAUUCACUUUUAUAAGGGUUUCAUCUAAUUUACAGUUUUAGGCUAAUGGGUUAUGUUUUUGGAUGAGGUAGAUUCUUGGGGUUCUAAAUUAUAACACCCUUUGACUGAUUAUUAUAUAUAUUGUCAUUAUUAGAUUUGUAUUGGGCUUGGAAAGUGAAAAAGAUAGAAUCUUAAUGCUUUUUGGAUGGUUUUGUGUUUUACUAGAUCUGGGCUUUUUUGAGUUCUUGAUUUUGUUGAAGGUUUUUGAUUGUUGGGUUAAGGAGAAAGAUUGGGUUUUUGUUUGUUUGUUGAGGUGAUUGAGUUUUGAGUUGAGAAAUGGAGCAAGUAGUAGUCGGUGGGAAGUUUAAGCUUGGGAGAAAGAUUGGGAGUGGAUCAUUUGGAGAGCUUUAUUUGGGUGUGAAUGUACAAAGCGGAGAAGAAGUUGCUGUUAAGCUGGAACCAGCUAAGACUAAACAUCCCCAGCUGCACUAUGAAUCAAAGUUAUACAUGUAUCUUCAUGGAGGAGCUGGUGUUCCUAAUCUCAAGUGGUAUGGAGUUGAGGGAGAAUACAAUGCUAUGGUUAUCGACCUUCUUGGGCCAAGCUUGGAAGAUUUGUUCAACUAUUGUAAUCGAAAGUUAAUGCUGAAAACCGUUUUGAUGCUUGCAGACCAAUUAAUCACUAGAGUUGAAUAUAUGCACUCAAGAGGUUUUCUGCACCGUGAUAUAAAGCCUGAUAACUUCUUAAUGGGUCUAGGGCGCAAAGCAAAUCAGGUUUACAUCAUUGACUAUGGCCUUGCAAAAAAGUAUAGGGAUCUUCAAACACACAAGCAUAUACCAUACAGGGAAAACAAAAAUCUGACUGGAACAGCUCGUUAUGCAAGUGUCAACACCCAUCUUGGAGUUGAGCAAAGCAGGAGAGAUGAUCUGGAAUCUUUAGGUUAUGUUCUUAUGUAUUUUCUAAGGGGAAGCCUACCCUGGCAGGGUCUGAAAGCUGGCACUAAAAAGCAGAAGUAUGACAGAAUAAGUGAGAAGAAGAUACAAACUUCCAUAGAGGUUCUUUGCAAAUCUUAUCCAUCAGAAUUUAUGUCAUACUUCCAUUACUGUCGCUCACUGCGGUUUGACGACAAGCCAGAUUAUUCAUACCUGAAAAGGCUUUUCAGGGAUCUUUUUAUCAGAGAAGGUUAUCAAUUUGACUAUGUAUUUGAUUGGACUAUUUUGAAGUAUCCACAGAUUGGCUCUAGUUCAAGAGGACAGCAGUCAGCAGGAAAGUUGGCUCUAAAUCCGGGUCCAUCUGCAGACAAAGCAGAAAAAACGCCAGUAAGACGGGAGAUGAGAGAUAGGUUCUCAGGUGCAGUUGAAGCAUUCACUAGAAGAAAUGGUUCUCCUGCUGUUGUUCAUGGAGAUCCCCCCAGGCACAGAUCGACAGAGAAUGUACCUUUGUCAAAGCAAGUUGACACAGAAAGAGGCCGGGUUUCUAGAGCCAGUAGUGCUUCGAAAAGGGUGGUUGUAUCUAGCAGCCGGCCAAGCUCCUCAGCUGAAUUUGUGGAGAACAGGUCAAACCGGCUGAGUUCAGGAGGCGGUCGUUUAUCCACCACUCAAAGGGUCCAGCCUGGUUUUGAGUCCAAAUCAUCUUCAUUCACUCGCACUGCAACGUCGAGAGGUGGCCGUGAUGAUGCUCUUAGAAGCUUUGAGCUGCUUACCAUUGGCUCAGGAAAGAGAAAAUGAGGUUUCAAUUGACUUGCAUCUUUAGUGACCCAGUUUUUUACUGCAGCUCUUAUGAAUGCACCCUUGGUCGCGAUUCUAUUUUAAAAGCAUUAAAUAGGGUACGUAAGAAAUCAUAUCAUCUGGUCACAGCUCAUCUCAAAGAGAUUUCUAUGUAGUUUAAUUAGUAUUUCUUGUAAACUUAACCUCGAGGAUUCGAGGUGUAUCUCAAUUUCCUGAAGAAAUAUAGCGUAUAUCUGUGACUCUGGUUUGCAACUAGUGCAUGGUAUUGAUGAUUGAACUACUAAGAUCAAAGAUGAUCACUUGUCCUUGCUUUUUAUAUAAUUACAAAUCACGGCCAGUGCAUUGUUUUAUAA